AGCAGUUAUCUCGGCUACACCGCCAACUUUUUUUUAAAUGUUGAUUCCAUAUAAAUACACCACAUGUGUUCUACAACUACCCCUAUACGGUCGAUGUGUGCGGUCUUUCUCGUCGUCGCCCCACCUGAACAACGACACCUUGCAUAAACCCUCAUACUUUGGCCAACUCGACUAUCAGGCGAAGCCCAAGUUCAUUGACGUGGUCCAGAACAUUAAGGCCCAGAAAUCCGCUCCCCGCUUUUUUGAUCAGUUACCCACAGAUCAAUUCCUCCAUGAAAAGUGCCUUAAAGUUGACACCCAUUACAAAGAUCUAAUCAUUGGCUACAGGGGAUUCAUCGUUGCUGAGCUUCAGCAUGCAAAUAAUGUGAGUAUCAGGUAUAAAGAUGCCUCCUUCCAUAUCAAAGGACCACUAAAAGUUGACGUUGAUAAUGCGUACCGCCAGCUUUCGAGUCGGUAUAGGAAGUUAGUGGAAAACCGUGUGGAGUUCAAGAUUCCCGCAGCACAACGAUUUUUAUUGACUGGAAACCUCAAGGCAAAAAACAACACUCCAUCGAAAGUCAGUGGAAAGAGUAUGAGUAACAAGACAGACUUUAUUCUUGAUUUGGGGGCGUUAGAGAAACAGUACUACUGUAAUAUUAAUGUCGACAAAAACAAUGAAAGCAGCAGCGAAUUGGGUGUUAUUAUCUACGGUGAGUACAGGGAAAACGUCUAUAAGGCCCAGAAAGUGAUCGAGAAAUACUUAUCAUCCAUGCAAGAAAUGUCCCAAACUUUCCAGUUCCCAUCCCAUGUUCUUCCUUUGUUGGUUGGCCAAGGCGGUAAAAAACUCCACAUGCUUCAGGAGGAUGCAGAUGUGGUUGUUUCUGUCACUAGAAGCAGAAAUACUGCCUCUAUAACAGUUUAUGGUGCGGAGGGCGUUUCUGAAGCCAUGGCCAUUCUCCGACUGCGAUUGGAAUCGUACAAUCGAACGGCCACUGUAAUUGAUUGCGUGUCCUCCGAAGCCAUGGUCGCACCAUCCUACGUCGAUGACACUUAUGUCAACCAUGAUUUGUCCGUCAACUUGGACUCCACUGAUGCCUUUGAAGGCCCAGAAAAGUUAUUGGAAGUCUGGUUCUACGAAUCUCCAGAGCACUUACCUGCUACCUCGCCUGUGGACGGUCUCAGAUCCGUUCCAUUGGUUAAGUGGGAAGAAUUGUUGGACUUGGUCAGCUGUAAGGUUUUGUCCAUGAUUUCUACUGAAAGCGUGGACUCUUACUUGUUGUCCGAAAGUUCGUUCUUUGUGUUUCCACACAAGGUCAUUUUAAAGACCUGCGGCACAACUACCACCUUAUUGGGCUUGGAAAUGUUGUUUCAACUCGCUGCUGAGUAUGCCAACAUCGCCAUGGACUCGCACUCUAUCUACAAGAUCUUCUAUUCUAGAAGGUCAUUCAUGUUCCCAGAGAAACAGAAGCCCAUCCACCUGGACUGGAAGGUCGAAGUCGGUUACUUGAACAGGUUCUUUUCCAAUCACAAGUCUUAUGUGGUUGGUAACUUGGCCACUGACCACUGGUACUUGUAUACUGCCGGUCAUAAGGGUGCAACCACACCUUUUUUGAGAAGCUUAACUCCUCCAAAAACCCCAGCUGGGUUCACUGGUGGCGGCGACAAGACGCUCGAAAUAUUGAUGACCGAAUUGGACGAAACCUGCGCUCAGCAGUUUGUUACCAGUAGACACCCCGGUGAUGAGAAUGCUACCAAUAUAUCUGAUGACUUGGGCCACCUCAUGGGCUUGAAGACGUUGAACAGGACGAGAUUGAAUAAGUUGUACCCUGACUCUGAAAUUUUUCAUGACGCGUUCGCUUUUACUCCGUGUGGUUACUCGUCCAAUUCCAUCAAGGAAGACAAGUACUACACCUUACACAUCACUCCUGAGCAGGGCUGGUCGUACGCUUCGUUUGAAUCUAACUUCAAGGCUGCUGACUACGGCAUGGAUGACAAGGUCGUUUUGCUCAAGGUGUUGGACAUCUUCAAGCCAGGCAAGUUCUGUUUGACUUUGAUUGCCAACGAAAUCACCGUGGAGGAUGACAAGUUUGGCGACAACUUCAAGAUUUUGGAAAACUGUAAGCUCGAUGGCUACGAAAGAAACGAAAAGAUUAUUUAUGAUUUGAAUGACGGUUAUACGUUGAUGUAUUUGUCGUUUCAAAAAAUUAAGAUCUAA